AUGGCAUUGUCGGAACCGCCCCACUAUCUCCAUCCGGACUUCGAUCCCUGGAAACUCAAGAUGGAUCAGAUUCGCGACAUUCUGAUUCAACAUCACGUCAAAACCCCUACUGGAAUCGUCCGAAAACAGCAACUCGUGGAUCUUUUCAACCAGCAUAUCCGGCCCCAGGUCCCCGAGAUCAGCGAGGUGGAAAAGGACGCUGAGCUGAACGACCACGAGAACAAGGCGUCCAGUUCCAAGACGCGUCACCAACUUGCUAAAAAAGAGGAGGAACAAACCACUGCUGAGACCGCUCCACCUAAAUCGACUCGUGUUAAGCGAGCGAGCAGUAAACAGAGAUUGGAUCCUGAGGAGCCUGCUGAGGUCAAGCCCAAGAUUGAGCGCGGUAGUAGUCGUGGCAAAGUAUCGGCAGACAGGAGCGAUGUAGAAUCAAAAACUUCAGUAACCGGCAGGGGCAGGAAACCUCGCAAGACACCUGUACAAAGCGAAGAUGAUAGUGAACCCAUUUCCAAAUCUCUCCGUGUAAAGCGGGAGGCCAAGGAGAAGAAGAAGGCUAGGAGCGCGAACUUUUCGGAUGAGAACCCAUUCCAAAGUGGAAGCGAAUCAGAGCGUAAACGAUCUCGGUCGAGGUCCCGCACACGAAAGGCCAAGGAGAGCGACAAGCGCGAUCAUGUCUUCAAAGUCCCCGCACAACCUGCCUUUUCCAAGUUUAUGCAUACGCCUCUACCUGAAAAGGGCGACCCCUCAAAGUCCUCAGCGCACCCCAAGCCAAGAAAGAUCAUGCCGGAUGAAUUCCCUACGCCCAAACCUCUCCACCUUAACGCGCCUCAGUCUGACAUGCAGGAUCUGCUAAAUAAUUUACGCCGCAACAUGGGACCUAUUUGGCUGAUUCUUUCAACCGUCCUCUUGGCAUACGGCAUUUGGUAUCGACAAACGAGGAUUGAUAUUGGCUUCUGCACGGAAGCUGAACUGGGGACACCGACAUCCAGAGCCUGGUAUUACCCUUCCUGCAUUCCUUGUCCCGACCAUGCCACUUGCCUAAGAUCCGAUACCGAGCCGAUCUGCCCGCCAGAAUACAUUCUCAAGCCCCAACUUUUGAGUUUUGGCAACUUGAUCCCGCUUUCGCCUGUUUGCGUCCUUAAUAGGGCAAAGGAGUACCAAAGUCUUCAGGUCGCGGAUGCUGUCGAAAAGAUGCUGCAUCUUCAUGCCGGAAACAUCGAGUGCAGCUUGUCCAGGGAUAAGGCGCCUCUGAACAGUGUGGAAUACAGAGCUCGCCGUGGCAUUUCAGUGAACGACCUGCGAUCUCAACUGGUGCAGCUGAAGGAUGACAACGUGUCUGAUGAGGACUUUGGUCAGUACUGGGAUCUUGCUCUGAGAGAGCUUCGCCGACGAUCGGACAGGGUCAUUUUUGAGCACGGCCUAACAGGCGAGGAGCGUGUACGCUCACUGAGGCCACAAAAGUCGCUGGGCUGCCGAAUUCGACAGGCGCUUGUGAGCUGGGUUGUCAAGUUCAGAUUUUUCCUCUUUGCCAUGGUCGCAAGCGCUACCGGAGGUUUCGCCAUUCGCUCUCAGGUUUUGAAGAGGCGCAAGGAGGGGCGCAUUGUCAACGGUCUUGUCCAGAACGUUCUCGCCAAACUCUCGGACCAAGCCCACUAUCAUUAUGUUGAUCCUGCGCUCUUUUUAGAUCCGUUUUUACCCCAAACACACCUGCGUGAUGCACUUUUGGCGGAUGUCCACUCUGCGGCCAGGCGACAGGAAAUCUGGGACAAAGUCCAGGCGAUUGUUGAGAGGAAUUCGAAUGUAAGGACGAGUUCACAAGAGGUGCAUGGGGAGCUGCACAGGGUUUGGGAGUGGGUUGGACCAUCGGGCGUGUUGAGCCAGCAUGGCGCUGGUGAGGCGAUCAGUCAAGUCGACAACCUUAAUCAUGGAGUGAUGAGCGGAAGCACACGUGGGAGAGGAGUACCCAAGGUCCCUCCACGCACUGGGCCGCAUGGCAGUUUCUUUGGGUUGAGACGUCAGGACUCGGAGUUCCUCAACCCGGAAAACUCACUCUACCCGUCGCUCUCUCAGGAUUACCAGGGAUACACGCAGGAGUAG